GACUACACGCUUAAUUUUCUUUAGUGCGUGUAGUAAUAUUAUAUUGUAAAAUUAUUUAAUAUUAUAAUAUUAUCUUUCGAUCAUGUAUAAACAUUUUUUUAUUUCAAUUGGUCUGUUCUGUUUCGCAGAAGGCUUUCUAUUACCGAAAUACUUCGAUGAGCCCACAAAUCGGAUCGUAGGAGGACAAGAUGCACCAGCAGGUAGCGUUCCAUACCAGGCUUCCUUACGAUCGAUAUUGAAUUCCCAUUUCUGCGGCGGUUCCAUAAUCAGUGAUAGAUGGAUUUUAACGGCUGCUCAUUGUACUGUAAGCCAGUCUAAACACACGAUGAAGGUCAUCGUGGGUACGAACAGACUGUCUUCUGGGGGCGAAAAAUACUCAGUUGCCAAGAUAAUCAUUCACGAGCUCUAUAAUAGCUUUCUGACAACUAAUGACGUCAGUGUAGUCCAAGUGGCAAACCAGAUAGUUUUCAGUGAGUGGGUGCAGCCUAUUCAACUACCUGACGAAAAUACCCAGGGUGGAGCUGAUCUCACUCUGACCGGAUGGGGACGAAUAUCGUACCCGGGUAGCUUACCCGAUAACCUGCAAAUCAUCAAGCUAACAGCGCUGAGCGUCGACGACUGCCAGCAGAUCUACAGCGGCAUCACAUCUACUGAAGUUCACGAUACACAAAUUUGCUCGUUGACUAAAAGGGGAGAAGGCGCUUGUCAUGGUGACUCUGGAGGCCCCCUUGUGGAAGGAGAUAGAGUGGUGGGGAUAGUUUCCUGGGGAGUACCUUGUGCAAAGGGCUUCCCUGAUGUGUAUUCACGAGUAUAUGCUUUCAAAGAUUGGAUUGAAGAAAAAAUUAAUGAUUCUGAAUAAAAAAAAUAAUAUAAUGUUUUUAUCAGAUAACUAUUCAAUGUUGUAUAUUUUAAUCCAUAAAAAUUAAACUUUAACUACA